CGCAAGAGGAGAGAGAAAAAAAACGCGAAAAAAUGGCGAUGUACACAAACCGUGUCGUUCGCUGCUCGAAAACAAAUCCAUUUUUCACAGUGUUGUCGCGCAAUUUCGGUAACAAUUCUAGUGCCCGCAAAUGGUACCAACAUCCAACCGUGCGGUACAUUUGUUUGGUGAGCGGUGGACUGCUCGCGUUCACCGCAGCGACCUACCGAAAUCGACCGAAGGUUUACGCGCUCCAGCUGCGAAAGGAUGAAAUUGCGGACAAGGCCAUUAAGCUUACAGCGCGCGAGCGGCGCUUCAUCAAGUUCGCCUCGGUCGAGUUCGAUGGGCAGAUCUACAUGACACCACAAGACUUUCUGGAGUCGGUCGUCGAACAGGAGCCCCGACCACGGCUCAAACGGAAGUCAUUAACGCACGCCGAGAUUCAGCAGCUGAAAGAUUACACGCCACCGUUGAAGCACGGUUCGUCGCAGCUUUUCCGCAGCCUUCGGGACAAAGGAAUAAUUUCGUACACCGAGUAUCUGUUUCUUCUAUCUGUGCUCACAAAGCCUCACUCUGGCUUCCGCAUUGCCUUUAACAUGUUCGACACGGACGGAAAUCAACGCGUGGAUAAGGACGAAUUUCUUGUGAUUCGACAGCUGCUCGGAGGAUCGCUGAAGGAUCGUGAUCUAGACGAGGCCACUCGUCAAGCUCUCCUGCACCUUGUCUCGACCAGUGCGCAAGCGAGAUUUUUACUGAAAAAUGAUAACGAGCAAAAGUCACAAACGUCUGUCGCUGAACAGCGCAAACCAGGCACGAGGGAUGAUGGCAAUGUGGGGGAAAGAAAGCCACCAACACCGCCGCCGGUCAAGGGUGUAACGGCACGAUUAAUGGAAAAAAUUUUCAGCUUCGCUUGGAAGGGAAAGCGUGGCAUUGAAAGUAAGGAAGGCGAAGAGCCAGGAGAACAUGAUGACUACGUGGACGACGAGCAAGGUCUGCAGCGAAAGCACAAGGUCGAUACAACGCUCCAGAUACAUUUCUUCGGAAAAAAGGGUGACAAGGAUCUGCAGUACGAUGGAUUCUACAACUUCAUGAAGAACCUACAGACCGAGGUGCUCGAGCUGGAAUUUUGUGAAUUUUCCAAGGGCCACGAACGCAUCUCCGAGGUGGACUUUGCGAAAAUCCUACUUCGCUACACCUAUCUCGAUACGGAUGAGUACGACAACUACCUGGACCGUCUGCUGGACAGAGAGGCCAAGGAGAAGGGCGUAUCGUUCGACGAAUUCCGACAGUUCUGCCAGUUCCUGAACAAUCUGGAUGACUUUUCGAUUGCGAUGCGUAUGUACACGCUCGCCGAUCAACCGAUUUCGAAAGAUGAGUUUUCCCGAGCGGUGAAAAUUUGCACCGGUUCCGAGCUGAACUCGCACCUGAUCGACACCGUGUUUGCCAUCUUCGACGAGGACGGCGAUGGGCUGCUCUCGUACAAGGAGUUCAUCGCCAUCAUGAAGGAUCGGGUGCACCGUGGAUUCAAAUCAAACGUGAAAUCGGAAGGAUGGGAAGCAUUCAAGCAUUGUCUAAAGCAGGAAAUGAAACAAAACGUCUAAAAGAUCAGUCCACGCGAUAGCAACUCUCUCUCUAUCGCUUCGUUUCUAAUAAUCUACUAUAUCUACGAUGCCGGUUUUGCCCCCGUCCCAAGGCGAUCUAGUUAAAUUGUGUUUUUAAUCAAACUGUUAAGCAUUUUAAAGCUAUUUAUUUAGAUAGAGAAACGAAAAACAACUUACUGGCAAUUAUCGAUCCUUAACUUCUUCCUCUUUAAACGUGUUGGAACAAAUUGCUCUGUAGUGCCAUAGCUAGUUAACGUCACUGCUAUCCGAUCUCUAUCUGCCUUCCUUUUCGUUUAUUCUUCUUGCUGUAAAUUAGAUCAAACUAAACGAACAAAUUGUUUAGGAAAUUAUACGCACUUGUUACUUAGUAAAAAAAAGAGAAGGAAAACAUUGUUAUGGCGACAUUUUAUCUAUUACUUGUUAUACGUGUGGAGUUAACUUACGGCGAUUGUAAUUGUUUGUGAACAACUGUUUGUUUGUUAAUCUCUAUUUGCCUGCAUAUCAGUGCUUCAAAAGCAUAGGCCCUAAAUUGAAUCGAAAAGUAAUCUAGUUUGGUUUGUCCGUGUUUAAAACAUACUCUAUCAAUUUCUUGCCUUGCACAAUUUCUAACCUUGCCUAGCUAAUUUGGAGAUUGUCUGGAGUUUGACUGCAACACAGAAUAGAGUUCUAAGAAAACAAACGGUCAUCGAAAUACACCAAAAAGAAAUGAAACAAACUUUAAAAUAUUUCAAAAAACUAUUUAAAAUCCUACCACAAUCGAAACAUGCAAAUUAUAAAAAGUAUUAGCUAUCUCCUCCAUCUAAAGAAUUUUGAAGUUGGACUUAUUUGGCAGAACUAAUAUUUCAUCGUUUCGUACGUUUGUGAUUGUGCGAUUCACACUAACGAAAAAAAAACCAAAACUCCUUUCAUAAAGCUAUGAUUAUCGAUAAGUGCACAGUAUCCCGGGUCAUGUACGUUGUAAUGAACGAAAAUAUAAAAGAACGCAUGAUUGAA